AUGGCUGCAGCAAGCUACCUGCAAUCUGAAGAUCAGUUUCUCUGCUCCAUCUGUCUGGAUGUGUUCACUGAUCCAGUCAGCACAUCAUGUGGACACAACUUCUGUAAAGACUGCAUCACUGAACACUGGGAUAGAAGUGACAGGUGCCAGUGUCCCAUGUGUAAAAAAGAGUUCAACACAAGACCUGAGCUGCACGUUAACACUUUCAUCUCUGAGAUGGUAGCUCAGUUCAGACAGUCGGCUCAACAGAAAGCCAGCAGCAGCAGCAGCUCAGAGCAACAAGUCUUCAAACCAGGAGAAGUUCCCUGUGACGUCUGCACUGAAACCAAACUGAAGGCCCUGAAGUCCUGCCUGUCAGUACUGAAAAGACAUCAGCUGAUCGACCCUGUGGAGAACCUGGAAGACAGGAUGUGUCCGAAGCACGAUAAACCUCUGGAGCUGUUCUGUAAGACCGACCAGACAUGUGUCUGUAUGCUCUGCCAUUUCUCAGACCACAAGAUGCAUGAUGUUGUUCCUCUCAAAGAAGAAUAUGAAGAUAAGAAGGCAGAGUUGGGGAAGACAGAGGCUAAAAUUCAGCAGAUGAUCCAGAGGAGACGACUGAAGAUUCAGGAAAUCAAACACUCAGUCGACCUCACGGAGAAAGAUGCAGACAGAGAGGUAGCAGAACUUGUUCAGGUCUUUACUGCUCUGAAGGAGUCUGUUGAGAGACUCAUCAACACUAUCAAAGAGAAGCAGAAAGAAACUGAAAAGAAGGCUGAAACUUUAAUCAAAGAACUGGACCUAGAAAUCUCUGAGCUGAAGAAGAGAAGUGCAAAGGUUGAACAUCUAUCGCGUUCUGAAGACCACCUCCAUGUUCUCCAGAGUGUCAAGACCCUAAACAUCCAACACCCAUCACCCACCAAGGACUGGACAAAGGUCAUCAUCCCUCCACCAUCAUAUGAGGGGAAUGUGGAAAAAGCUGUGGCUCAGCUGGAGGAGACACUCACUGAACUGAGGAAACUGCUUGAGGCUAAGCUGAAGGAUGUCCAGAAGUACGCAGUAAAUGUGACUCUUGAUCCUGAUACAGCACAUCCCAAUCUCAUCCUGUCUGGUGGUGGAAAACGAUCUCAGCCUCAGAAGGUGCGGGUGUUUGUGGAUUAUGAGGAGGGUCUGGUCUCCUUUUAUGACGUAGAUACUGCAGCUCUGAUCUACUCCUUUACUGGCUGCUCAUUCACUGAGAAACUCUUCCCAUACUUCAGUCCGUGUGUGAAUGAUGGGGGUCAAAACUCUGCACCUCUGAUCAUCUCUCCUGUCAGAGUAAACUAA